AUGGCUUACGGAGCUACUGCUGCAGAAAACGGUUUAUUAGAUAAUCGCCGAGCUGCCAAACCGCAGCGGAAACGAAGCCGACAGGACAAGCGCUACAGGAAUAAGUAUCACUGGGUGUCCCCGCGACCUGUCUCGCUCGACUUUGGACUGGACGCCUUUACAGCUGGAGCUCAUCCAAUGAGUCUACUAUCAGCCACGAAUGGCAAGCUAGCCCGACGAUAUUGGUCCGAGCAAAAAACAAAGGCUGCCGAACGUUUUGUCCCGGUUCGCAUAAAUGAUUAUUGGUACAUUAUGAUUCUGCCCGUGAUGUACUGCGAACGAAAGCGUCGGCCACCACCUCUUCAUCGUGCACUCAACCAGGACCAGCUAAACAAAUAG